AUGCAAAAGGCAAUGAAAAGCGCAGAAUAUAUAAAAGCUAACAAUGACUGGUUAGAUGCCCAAGCCAACGCUAAAGCAGCCCAACUUAUAGGGUCAAUAAGGACAAAAAUACAAGCGGAUGAAGACAGUUCAAAUGAAGCUUUAAUGAAUGCUGACUUUAAGAAUGCCUUCGAAGCUCUUCAUAGUAAGGUGAAACAAGUGAACGAUUUCUCAUCUGGAAAGAAACUGAAGUCUGAAGGUUUCGACAAAGAGUUAAGAGAAGUAGCACAAAAUAUGACGAAAAUAACAGAUGCAGCAACGAGACAGGCAGUUCAAAGUGCCUAUGACGCCGUUAGAGCAACUGUUGUGGAAAGUCAAGAAAAAGAGUUACAACAGACCAAAACAGACCUAGUAAAUGCUUUCUUAAAAACGAAAAGUCAGGUAGGACAUUAUGCUGCAGAUGGAACAUAUGUGCCAGCUGGUGGAACUUAUAUACCAGCUGGUGGAACUUAUAUACUAGCUAGUGGAACUUAUAUACCACCAAACCCUCCAAGAGAAGCACCUGCACCAGGACUACCUAAAACAUUUACAUCGUCACAUGGACACAGACACAGGCAUGCACAGAAACAACAACCAACACAACAACCAACAGUUCAAAACCCUGCACAGCAACAACAACCAGAGCAAGGACAACAACCAGCACAACAACCACCUCCACAACCAGCACCACAACCAACAGUUCAAAAUCCAGCACAACAACAACCACAAACAGAGCAAGGACAUAAAAGAAGUAGAGAAAAAGGAAACCAAGAAUUCUUAAAAAUGCUUAAGGAAGAUUAUGGUUACCCAGAUACUCUUGACUUUAGUGACAGAUAUAAAGAAGCUAUUAGAAAGUUCAAGGAAGGAAAUACUGACCCGAACCUAUUUAGCUUUAUGGUUCAGCACCAAAUGGGAUAUAAUUUCAAACCUGGAAAAUACAAGCUCGCUAAGGGAUAUGAUUUAAUAGCAUAUCAUCCAAAUGACAUGGAUGAAUUUACUCCGAGAUAUUUGGUGUCAGAGAUAAAUGAUAAUUCAACUAUCUUCAUGAAACGCGUAAAAAAUAGAGACGGAACGAAAGAAGAAAGGGUUAUGAAUGCGGAUGACUUAAAUAGGGAACUUGUUAAAAACGGUCUCGGAAUAUAUGAAAUGCCACCAGAUGAGGUACAAGAAACUCAACAGGAAGAAGUUCAGAUACAACCAGACAUGGAAGAAAUAGUUCAGCAACAACAGCUAGAAGAGCCUGAAGGAAACGAACAAGUCCCUCCUUUGGAAACUAACUUCACAGAACUAGAUGAAGAUUUGGAACAGCCGAAAAAUCUUGACCCUCAACAAGAGUAUGCGGAGAAUAUGGAAUCUUUCCAAGAGUCUAAGAAAAAUUCGGCUGACAUAG